AUGGCCGACGAAACCCUGGCGUUGGUGGUAGACAGUGGAUCUUACAACAUCAAGGUCGGCUACUCCGGCGCUGAUGCGCCGCUCAGCACGUUCAGGUCGGUCGUGGCGUGUAAGUUGUCGUUCGCACGUUGGCAUGCGCUGCAGACCGCCAAGGGGCGGAGCUCAUCCUCGGGGACGCCGCGCUGCAGGAGGCCGAUUCGAGGGCCAUCCUGCAUCCGAUCCAGCAUGGCAUCGUCCGCAACUGGUAAGUCCCCAGCUUCAGCGUCAACUGCUCAUCGUGGUCGCAGGGCGCUGGCCGAGCGCCUGUGGAUGCACGCGUUCCAGAACGAGCUCAAGGUCUCGCAGCGGGAGCACCCGGUGCUGCUCGCGGAGCCGCCACUCAACCCCAAGCUGCACCGAGAGCGGUGCUGCCAGCUCUUUUUCGAGGCCUUCGACGUCCCGGGCCUGUACAUGGCCCCCACCUCGCUGCUCGCGCUCUACGGGUCGUCCAAGACCACCGGGCUGGUGCUCGACGUCGGGGAGGGCGUCGCGCAUGCCGUGCCGAUCAACGAGGGCACCAUCGUGCCCCACGCAAUCGGCAGGCUGGACGUGGGCGGCUACGAUGUGACCUCUUUCUUCCUGGCCAGCAUUGACGCCUUGGACCGGCACAAGCUGCGGGACCGAUACAUCGCAAACCAAAUCAAGGAGCAGUGCGGCUACGUUGCCAUCGACUACGAGAACGAGCUGAAAACGGCGGAGAAGCAGCCGGAGCAGUAUUCCAAGCGCUUCACGCUGCCCGACGGAAGCACCAUAUCGACCGGGACGGCGUGCUUCCGCUGCCCCGAGAUGCUGUUCUCGCCCGAGGUGGCGGGGAGCAAUGCGCCCACGCUGGCUGAGGUUGUGUACCACACCGUGCGGAGCUGCGAGCCCGACAUGCACAAGACCAUGUUCAGCAGCAUCCUCCUGACGGGCGGCAGCACGCUCUUCCCGGGGUUCCUGGAGCGGUGCGAGAAGGACAUCAGGGCGGCCACGAACGACAACGCGCCCGUCAAGAUCGCCGGCAGCAUCAAGAACAGGUCCACCGCCGUCUGGGUCGGCGGCUCCAUCGUCGCCUCCCUGCAAAGCUUCCAGCAGAUGUGGGUCACCAAGGCGGAGUACGACGAGUCGGGGCCCACGGUGAUUCACCGCAAGUGCUUCUAA